GUGUAAUGAGUUCUGUGGUGGAGGCGGCACCCAGUAGAGUCCAGCCGUAUCUCAGACUGAUGAGAGUAGACAAGCCAAUUGGGACUUGGCUGUGCUAUUGGCCCAGUGCUUGGGGCAUUGCUCUGGCUGCAGACCCAGGCCAGUUCCCCAGCCUUACAUGCUGGCCUUGUGUGGCCUAGGAGCUCUGGUGGUCAGAGGGGCUGGCUGUACCAUCAACGACAUGUGGGACAGGGACUUCGAUAAAUCUGUUGAGCGGACACGUUCCAGACCCAUAGCAUCGGGUGACAUCAGUCGUGGCCGGGCAUUGGUAUUUCUAGCUGCUGAGCUUGGCGUUGCACUGGGAAUUUUACUGACUCUGAACACGUACUGUGUAGUUCUUGGAUGCAUUGCUGUGGUACCCAUCGUCAUUUAUCCACUCAUGAAGAGGUUUACAUACUGGCCUCAAGCUUUUCUUGGUCUGACAUUCAACUUUGGCGCUUUGAUCGGCUAUGCAGCUAUCCACGGGUCAUGUGACUGGAGAAUUAUUCUGCCAUUGUAUGCCUCAUGCAUUGCCUGGACCAUAGUGUACGACACCAUUUAUGGACAUCAGGAUAAGAGAGAUGACUUGGCCCUGGGUCUGGGAUCCACCUCCAUCCUGAUGGGAGAGAACACCAAGUAUUGGUUGACAGGCUUUGGUGUUGCCAUGGUGUCUGGUCUGGUGCUGGUGGGUGCUAUGGCAGAGCAGACUGCAGCAUACUACUUAGCUGUGGCUCUAACUGCUGGUCACAUUGGCAACCAGGUGUGGACAGUCGAUAUCCACAAUCCCCAGGACUGCUGGAACAAGUUCCGCUCCAACCAGCGACUGGGCGCCAUCAUCUUUGCCGGCAUCGUCGCGGGGACUCUGGCAAAAGUGUCCAGUAGUGAGCAGCGCAAGGCAGCAGAACCAGAAGAUGGUGAAGAGCAAGCUGUUGCCAGCUGACAGGAGGAAUCACUCACCCCUCACCCAGACUACCAACUGCACCAGGAUAGUGGGAAUUUUGCUGUGCCUGAAUGCCGUAGAUAGUUGUGCCCUACAAUCCCGAACUGUGUGAUGAGAAAGAAAUUCGACAGGUUCCCCCGGUGGACUUUUAAUCGUUGUGCUUGGUCAAGGGAUUCAGCCAUUGAAAUGCAAAGAAGAAACCAUCUAAUGACUCAGUGUCAGUCGCAAGGAAAUGGACACUGGAGACAGCAGCAACAGGGGACAGAAGUGUGGCAUGAAUUCUCACAGAGUCCAGUAACUCUGCCAGAGGGGGUCAAAAUUGGCACAAAUGCGUCAUAGUUGUCAUGCAUUUUGGCCCCGAAAUGCUCUCACAUGUAUUCUCAAAAUUCUGCAGAGUAAAAAAGGGCCAUAACAUCAACCUUUCCAACUUCUACAGUUGACAGUGACAUUGAAGAAACCCACUUGCACAGGGAGUUUGUUUAAACCUUUUUGAUGACUUGCUAAAUUUCACGUUUUUCUAAGAAUGGAGGAAAACAUUCUGCUGCAGCUGGUGGACAGUGCCUCUAAACUUGAAACAUUGCAAGAGGAAGACCACCUCUGUCCCCUGUCCUUUUUUAUUUCCUUAGAAUCAGCCCUCCUUGAAAAUUAAGAAACUUACAUUCUGUAGACAAGAAGCCAAGCAGAUGAAAAAUUUAACUGCGAGUUCCUCAUCGUAAUCGAAAAUAAUUUGUGUUAUCCAAGCCAGAAAGUCAAAUAUCUCUUAAACACAGUUGAAUAAUGCAAAGUGUUGCCACUAUCCCCUGCAUAAUUGGGAUUUAAGUAGAAUGAAGGGAAGGCUGGUUCCUUUAAAUUUUCAAAUUUGUUUUUAGAAAUGAAUCGAGUUAAAAUGGUGAAACAGCCAGUGCAAGAUCGGUAAAGAAUGUUAUUUUGAUUUUCAAAGAGACAUUAGCACAUGAAAAUACAUGAGUAGUACAUAUUGUACAUUCAUCUUAUUGGGUUAUUGUGAAGAGUUCCAAAAACAGGAAUAUUUUUACAAAGUUAUGUCUGAAAUUUGCUGUAAAAAUGGAACUGAAAAAAAAUGCUUGUAUGUGUAAAUGCAAUGUUAUUUGGCUAACAAGGUUAUGAUAGAUACCCAGUAUUUUUAGGUCCAGUCAAACAAAAGAACACUUUGACACCGUUUGAAAUGUAAAUUCUAGAUUCCACAUGAUAGGAAUUGCCAUUUUGAAAGCAUCAUUUGCUGUCAUAUGUAAUGGCUUUCUGUUCGUCUGUUUGCUCUUUCAGAAUUUACCGAUCUUGCAUGUGGUUUCUUGAGCAUAAUUAGCACUGACAAUAUUGAUACAAGUUCAUCUGCAACUACAUUUCUUCAUCAACAACCCUGUCCUCCCCCUUCCCCAAACUUGCAGAAAAAAAAUGCAAAUUUGAUUGUAUUUUGCCCAGAGCAUCAGUUCUGUGGAUCCUGACAUCCAGUACCACUGGCAAUUAGUAGUAGUAUUGCAAACAUGCUGACCAACCUGGAAAAAAUCUGACCGUUGAAAGAUCCCUAUUGAGAUGUGGAGAUAUUCAUGUACUGAACCGCAGAGGUCAAAGAUCAUUCCAACUUCAAGUGUUAGCUGUGAUCUCCCCUGUUGCCUUUAUUUUUCUCAGAUACGAUCAAAACUAAACUACACGUAAACAUACUUUUUGAAUUCGUAAACAUGCAUGAUGUUGGUAUGUCAGUGCUGGUUUUGCUCAUGAUAUUCAAUAUGUUAAGAAUUUGGUAUUAACAAUGCAUAUCUUUGCAUUUUAUCACCAGGCAAACCGAAAUAAAAAACCAAAGCCCAGCCACAUGCAGGCCCUCCUGGUGCGUGCACGUGUGUUCCCUGCCCGCAGACGCUGACAGGUUGGUGGUUGCCCGCUAUCUGCAUCGGCUUGUGAAUCGGCUGUUGGUGAUGUAUGCAACCUCCCAAAAUCUUGUGAGUCUGGGUGAUUGUGGAUACCUCAGUAGACAGCAACAUGGUAAGGAUCCUCUGAACUUUGGCAAUUGGUCAAUUUGUCUACCAAGCAGAUGUUACAUGUCCACUGCUCCAGGGAUGGCAAAUCAAGAGAAUACUUCUGCGCCUGCUCCGCCAUUGGUCGCCUGACAUUUCAAGAGUUCUCAUUCAUCAGUAUCUUCGAUCUGAGAAAAAUGAAAUUUUCAGCAUCAUUUAAUUUUUGUGAACUUUCUAGGAUGUUGUACAAUGCCUUUUGAUGUUUGACAAUUGCUUGGCCACAUUUAUCCUGAUACUUCCACAGUGUAAAGCCGAAAUCUCACUCUGUUGUAUUUGCCUAUUUAAAUUCCAAAUUUUGUAACUUUUACUUUCAAAGAAACAGUAUACAGUAAAGAAAACUUCAUGUAGUAAACUCAUUGAAAAGAAGAUGAAGGUAUAACCAGACACCCUUGAAUGAGGUAUUCAUGGCUUUGGUAGCAUACACACAUUUUUGAUAACCAAUACUUUCUUCGAUCUGCAUUUGCAAGUAAAAUUACAAAUGAUCAACUGUCAUGUUUUCAACUCUCAACGAGAAUAUUUUCAUGAAAUACAUGAAAGAAGCUUCCCUGAAGAGAGAGUUUUUCUCUAGUACAAGUCUUAAGUGGGAAAGUGCCAUCAACUUUAUCAAUUAUGCGUCAUUUUAAAAUAUGAAGAUAACUAUAAAAAGGAGAAACAAAGAAAGUCAAACUCGAAGUUCUGCAGAGAGAGUUUGGUUUGCUAGAGAGAGAACCACACUGUUAGGUUGCUUGGUGGACGAUGCAUCCAGGCCAUUCACUCAAAUCACAGGAGUCGCACUCAGUCGCGUGGAUUGUCCCCACUAAAGACAGAAUGUCCACAGUGUUUGGAUAACCGCACUGUACAUGUGCCUUUGAACUCACUGAAUUGUCUGAGUGUAUUGAAUUAGAGAAUGCCAUAAACUUUCUCACCCCUGAAAGAUACAUGUAGAAUAGAAUGCCUUCCUAAAACAUAAAAGAGGGGCACUGUAAUGCAGUGGGACAAAAAGUGAAUCUGGGGCCUGCUGCUGUCAAAAAUGGGGUGAAUGGCCAGGGAGAUUGGGUAGCAAUCUGCCUCUCAGUAUCCUAAACAGAAACUGUGGCAUCGACACGGGGAGCCAGUCCCGGCUACAAGGUCCAUGGUAAGUUUAAUUGAAGUUUGUAAAAUUGAUUCAUGCACUGGUGUGAACAAAAAUGGUUGUACAUCCUGAUAUCUUACUUGCUAAACCCAACUUUGUAUCUCAUGGCUAGGAGUAGGACUGUAGUCUGUAUGAACAAGGUGGUAAUGUGCAGAUGGUCUUCAGUCUAAGGCAAUAUGAAGUGGCGUAGCAACUGGGAAGGGGGAGGGAUAGGGAACCAGACCUUCUGUAAACUGGUAUAUUUGUUGGUUGAUCUACCAAAGUAACAGACAUCCACUUAGUAGUCAACUAACUCCACUUAACGAAAUGCACCCAGAGCUGCUAAGUAUUGAUGGACAAGAAAAAAAAUAAAUUUGAGUUUUAGUGAUCCCUUUCAGAAAAAACAAUCACUUGACAAAUUCCUCAAUCAACAAGAAAUUGUCAAAGAGUAAGUUUGUAGUUAACUUCAAGUGUGAAUACAAGGAGUUCUUGAAAAAUACCGGUCUUCAAAUUGUGUUUUUUUAACCCACUAAGAGGCCAUUUUCGGUCCCAUGUAUUUUAUUCCAGUUCCUUUGGUACCAUCCAGGGUGAAUAUUGCUUUUUAUUCAAGUUCUGAGGACUCGAGAACUCUAAUAUUUCAUGCUCAGAUUUUAAAAUUUUGUUAUUGAAAAAUUACACAGCUGAUGAAGUUUACAGAUGUAGAUCCUCCCUCCCCCAUAAACCCAGGCUACGCCACUUACUAGCAAUGAACAGAGUCAUCUCCUGAAAUCAAAGAGCUGACUUGCCAGAAACUUGCUUGGCAUUGUACAAAAUGGUUUCUGCACAGAACUUGAUCGAUGCAUUGUGCUGCAAAUGAUGGUCUGGCCUGAGCUUGCAAAAUACUUGUUCCACUUCAGGCGAAGAUGUUCUUGACUUUCUGAGGGGAAAAACCCAUUCUAUGGCUGGAGAUCCAAGAGGGUCAAGCCAAGUAGAGAGCAAUGCCGUUGCUGGCAUAACGUGGCCUACUGACAGUGUUUACACCAGAACUUCUCAGGGGAAAAACCCAUUUUCUGAGGGG